CUUGAAGGGAGAGAGGGGAAGGCAGGCUGCUGGGGGAGCGGUUGCUGAGUAUAAGAUGAGGGGAAUUAGGAGAAAGGGUUAGAAGCCGGGAGAGGAGUGAAAAAGAAACCCAGGCUGGCCCCGGGAUGAGGUUAGGAAGCCCGGGGCUGGGAAGAAGGAAUCCGGGGUCAGGGCUAGGAGCAGGGGUCUACAAGGGGCAAGGCUUGGCAGGUGGGUGAUGUUGGGGUGAGGGGUACCAGGGCCAGAAGAGUUGCACGGAAAGACAAGGAGCAGGACCGGGUAAUAGUUGGGAGUAGGGGAGAGAGAGUGAUUAAGAGCCAGACGUGACAAGGGUGUGAACUAGUGCUGAGCCAGGGAUGAGCUGAAGGGCUGGGAUCAGCUGGGGUAGGAUCGACAAGGUGUGGGUCAAUAGCUGGGUGAUGGGUGUAAAUUCUGCAAAGUGAGGGAGGCAGGAGACCUGGAUUACAACCAGGUGGAGUCAGAAAUUGGAGCGUUAGUGAAAGGACGAAAGGAAAGCGAGCUUAGAGCUGGGCGUUAAUAGGACAGUUGUGGGAGAAAAGAAAAGCUGAGCGGACGCUAGAAGCACGGUUUAAGGAGUGAUGGUGCUCUGGGCCAGGGAACCUGGGGACAUUGGAGGGCAGCAAGGACUGGCUGAAAAACAGCCUGAGAAGAUGAGUAAGGAAGAGAUGGGCCCUGGAAUUUAAAGGAUGGAAUGGGGAGUAAGGAAAGAGAAAGGAGAUUAAGGGAAGCGGGGAGAGUCCUGAUGGGUGUCGAACUGGGGUGGUUGCACAGGAGUGGGAGCCGAAUGCGCAUUUUGCUCUGAGGUGCCCCAGAAGGUCUGGAAGGGGCAGGGCACAAACGCUGUGUAGUGAAGAAUCCAGGGUAGGGGCCUUUGGUGCAGAAGAUAAGGAACCAUGGUAAUAGAGAAAAGGAAAACCCAGCCAAUGAUUAUGUGAUAAUAUGGAAGAAGAUGGGAAAAAAACUGUUUAAUGGAUUAAGAGAGUGGCGACUGCUCUAAAACAUGGAUAGAUGCAAACAUGUAGGGCGGUUACGACUCGCCCAGGACCACUCCAUCCUAAACCCUCAGAAGUGGUGCUGUCUGGAGUGCUCCACCACGGAGUCUGCGUGGGCCUGCCUCAAGUGUUCCCACGUGGCCUGCGGCCGCUACAUUGAAGACCAUGCACUAAAACACUUUGAAGAGACCGGACACCCGCUGGCCAUGGAGGUCCGGGAUCUCUACGUGUUCUGCUACCUGUGCAAGGAUUACGUGCUCAAUGACAACCCCGAGGGGGACCUGAAGCUGCUGAGAAGCUCCCUCCUGGCGGUGCAAGGCCAAAAGCAGGACCAGCCCGCGAGGCGUGGGCGGAUGCUACGGUCUACAGCUGCAGGCGAGGACGUGGUCCCACCGCAGCGCACUCCUCAGGGACAGCCACAGAUGCUCACGGCUCUGUGGUACAGGCGCCAGCGCUUGCUGGCCAAGACGCUGCGACUGUGGUUCGAGAAGAGCUCCAGGGGCCGAGCGCAGCUGGAGCAGCGGCGGCGGGAGGAGGCGCUGGAGCGCAAGAAAGAGGAGGCCCGGCGGCGGAGGCGCGAGGUCAAGCGGCGACUGCUGGAGGAGCUAGCCAGCGCGCCGCCGCGGAAGAGUGCGCGCCUGCUCCUGCACGCGCCUGGGCCUGUGGCCGUGCGCCCUGCUACCCUCGCUACCUCCCGGCGCGCGCCCGCGGCUACCCUUAAGCCGCGCCGGCAGCCGGCGGUGGCCCCAGGUGUCACCGGCCUACGCAAUCUGGGCAACACCUGCUACAUGAACUCCAUCCUCCAAGUGCUUAGCCACCUCCAGAAAUUCCGGGAAUGCUUCCUGAACCUCGACCCUUCCACCUCUGAGCACCUGUUUCCCCAAGCAACCAACGGGAAGGCUCAGCUCUCUGGUAGGCCAGCCAGCAGCUCUGCCGCAGAGUUAUCAGUAAAGAGCGACCCUGCCCAGGGAUUCGAACCUCAAGGCUUCUGCUGGAACAGUGGAGCCUCGAUCAGCAGAAGCCUGGAGCUCAUUCAGAACAAGGAACCCAGUUCAAAGCACAUUUCCCUCUGCCACGAACUGCACACCCUCUUCCGAGUCAUGUGGUCUGGGAAGUGGGCACUGGUAUCGCCCUUUGCCAUGCUUCACUCAGUGUGGAGCCUCAUUCCCGCCUUCCGUGGCUACGACCAGCAGGACGCACAGGAAUUUCUCUGCGAACUGCUGCACAAGGUGCAGCAGGAACUUGAGUCUGAGGGCUCCACGCGCCGGAUCCUCAUCCCGUUCUCCCAGAGGAAGCUCACCAAACAGGUCUUAAAGGUGGUGAACACCAUAUUUCACGGGCAGCUGCUCAGUCAGGUUACAUGUGUAUCAUGCAAUUAUAAAUCCAAUACCAUUGAGCCCUUUUGGGAUCUGUCCCUGGAAUUCCCUGAACGCUACCACUGCAUAGAAAAGGGGUUUGUCCCUUUGAAUCAGACAGAGUGCCUGCUCACUGAGAUGCUGGCCAAGUUUACCGAGACAGAGGCCCUGGAGGGGAGAAUCUACGCUUGUGACCAGUGUAACAGCAAACGACGAAAAUCUAACCCCAAACCCCUUGUUCUGAGUGAAGCCAGAAAGCAGUUAAUGAUCUACAGACUACCUCAGGUCCUCCGGCUGCACCUUAAAAGAUUCAGGUGGUCUGGCCGUAAUCAUCGUGAGAAGAUUGGGGUCCAUGUCGUCUUUGACCAGGUAUUAACCAUGGAACCUUACUGCUGCAGGGACAUGCUCUCCUCUCUUGACAAAGAGACCUUUGCCUAUGAUCUCUCCGCAGUGGUCAUGCAUCACGGGAAAGGGUUUGGCUCAGGACACUACACAGCCUAUUGCUACAACACAGAGGGAGGUUUUUGGGUCCACUGCAAUGACUCAAAGCUGGAUGUAUGCAGUGUAGAGGACGUGUGCAAAACCCAGGCCUACAUCCUUUUUUACACUCGAAGAACAGUUCAGGGCAGCGCAAGACUCUCAGAAACCCAACUCCGAGCUCAGGUGCAGUCCAGCAGCAAGGUCGAAGGCAGAACAUACACGCUCCCCUGACUGGGAGGCAUGCAUUAAAAUGUCCUUACCUUUUUCCUCAUGGGUAAUAAGGCUUGCACAGUAACAGAUCACUGGGCUUGCCUCUCUAGGCCUAAAGGAGAGAAUGCCAGGUGAUUUCUGCCCUGUCAAAAAAUUGGUAGUCACUUUUGAAAACAUUUUAAAAUUCCCUCCUUUCAUAAAACAAAUCUAAAGGAGUAACUUCUAUGAAGAUUCUUUUGUCAGUUGCUUCUGGAUAAUUGAGGGACCUGGAGGGGGGUGGGCAAGUGAUCACCCAGCCAGGAGAGCAGCCAUGUCUGUCUUCUCUCUGUCGUGAGCCCCCUACUAAUCAGGAUCUUUCUGCAGCAUUGCACAGAGCACAUGAGGAGGGGCCCAGGGCUGGCAGCUGGUGGGAAAGAUUGGUUCCAAGUGGAAGGUAAAGCCACAGGAUUUAUCUCACAGAAGAGGUGACCAUCAAGGGAGUAAGGGGCAUAGAGCAGAUCUCCCUGUGCCAAAUAGGAAGGCUUUUUAGAGCUAGGCUUCUCCUGAGGUGCUGUCAUCUCACUCUACACUGACUGGGAGAUGGGGCCUAGCAGCCCUUUCCCUUUGAAGAGGCAGUCAUAGGAGGCACAGACCAGCGCAUGGUCGGUCUGCGCAUGUUAAGCCGGACACUCCUGACUCCUCCAGUCCUGUAGCAGGACCCUGGCUCAGGUCUGGAACCAGCUUGUGGUUUGGGUCAGUGGUCAGAAGCCUUCUCAGAAUUCGGGAAGGCGAGUGGGGAUUGUCCCAGUGCCUGCUGCCCUAGGGUCUCACCUUGUGUGCUAUGUAGCUUCUCUCCUGCACCUACAACAUUGGUGCUCACAAGGUUUGGAGCUUUCGCUUCCCUAGGAACUGACCAUGUGUCCAGCUCUUGGUUGUGGCCUUUCAUGUUCUCUUCCCACUCUGCUACCCAUUCUCUCCUGCCCUCAGUCCAUGCAGUAGAGAGACUUCUGUCUUUUACUCUGCUAUUAGUAAAAACACAUCUUUAAAAUUUGCUCCAUUUCUAAAUGGAGUCAAAUGCCCAGACAGAAGCACAGUAAACUCUCAUUCUCUCUGCAGUGACCUGUGCAGUGCCCACAGCCUCUCCUGUGAAUAAGUAGCUUGUGUUAAUGUAGUACAGUUGUCACUUGAAGGGAGUUGAAGGGGUGGGGCACAGAGACAGUGAGGCUAAAGGACGCACUGUUCCAUUUCCCAGGCACACCCGUAGUAUUUACUGCUGCCCUCAUUGGAGAUGAACUCUCGUAGGCCUGCCAGACAUCACUGAGACAUGGAAGAAAUCAGACAGAAAACAGCUCCCUGACAGGGAUGGGUGGCUAGAUUUAAACUUGUUUUACAACACUGUGAGGUUUCUGUAUUAGCUUUUAUUUGGAAGCGAUAAUGUAUGGCAUUUUUGUGCUGUUUGGUUUUUACUGUCUACUGCAGGCUUUUUUGUGAGCUUUGCACGGCCUCCUCCUCUCCAGGACACUGUUUUAAAGUGUCCCGGUUGUCCACGCUGCCUGAGGUUCUGAUAUAAAGCUGUACCCUGAGGUCCACAUUACCAAGGUACAUGAUAGUGAUUUGUUACCAUGGUAGCAAAGCCCAUUCAAAAACAAAGCUCGGUGUGCUGGUACACCCCUGGAAGGACGGCACUUGCUUGGGUAAGGCAGGAGGAUUAUGAGUUUGAGGCUACAUUGUGAGACCUUGUCUGAAAAAUGAAAAUAACAAACUAUUGGGAGUAAAAAAGGAAACAAGAUUGGAUUGCACCUCAUCUUAAACCCUGUGUUAUUUAUUCUAGAAAGAGAACUUGCAGGCAGAGAAUACAGAUCUGACUGGUUUAGAGGGGAAAACAUUAAUCAAUAUAAACACUUAAAGGAAAAUUAGAAGGUUCUAAUUCAAUUUAAAAAAAAAGUUUUAUAUCAACUGUCAGCAAGACCAGUAAGCAGAAUGGGAACUUUAUAAAUGUUUAGCUGACCUGAACACCCACAUAUGAGAUUAAUGAGUUAAAAUGAGUUCUAACUAAAACUAGCUGUCUCCACUGAGCCACCCUCUUGAAGGUGCCACCGCAACCACAGACAGCACUUCAGGCAGCAGGAGCAGUAGCAUGAAUCUCUGUUGUAGAAGCACUGUGCACUGUCUGGGCUGCCUUGCUGUGCUGCGCUCUCUCAGCUGCCUGCAGCGCCUAAGAGGGCUGUGUCAGUUGGCAUCACACUGAAACAUUCUGAAGAGAACAGAUAGACUUUGACUAGCUGGCCCCAGGCCAAAUGCCAGGUGCUGCUCUGCCAGCAGCAGUCUCUCUCUCUCUGAACCCUUUGUAAUCGGCUGGUGUGUUUACUUACCACUGUAGCCAGCCAAGAUGAAUACACCCCAGCCCUCAAAAAUGAUUUCUUACCUCAGUCUAGCCUGGCCCUCAUGCUUGUGGUUGCCUCUAAGAGCAGCACCCAUGCUAGUGCAGAAGUAGCAGGGAUACCCGUGGCAGCCAGAAACUGCAGCUCUCAUCAAAUGGCAGGCAGAGCUCUUGCCAGCUUUACCAGCUUUAACCAGCCCCUCUGGCUGAAAUGGGAGGGCAGUGCCACAUGGUAAAGAACUUCUAGAUGUCUCUAAAAAUGCCAUGAAUAAAGCUGUAAACUGUAGAAGUGUUCAUGUGUCCUAUGGACUCGAUAGCAGAGUUUAUUUUUGUUCACGGUGGCAAGGCUUCUAGAGUCCAUGAUCGUGUGAGUCCCCUACUCUGGUUAUGCCUUCAGCUCCAUCCACAUUCAGGGGACAAACCAAUGCGGUGGGCUGGCUGGCAGUGCUCCGGAGUGCUGAGAGGUCGACAGUAGUGCAGAAUGAAAACAUGGUGGCGGGGAUGGGGGGAAGCCAGGGAGAUCUGACAUUUGUUUUACUGAUAAAGCUUUGUGAACUAAUUUUAUACAAUUCAUAAAAUUUGGUGCCUUGUUCUUAAUUACAGUUUGCAUGAGAUUGAAAAGUUAAGGGGAAGGGUUCCUUUUUGUUAUGUCAAGUGGCAGGUGGAUCUGUAGUGUUUAAAGGGUAUGUGCUAUCAGAUUUUAUAGAACAUUGUUAUCUCCUGUGUAUGAAUGCAAAUUGUCCUUACCAGCAAGUUCUUGAGUUCCAGUGUCCAUAAUUGUAUUUAUAAUCUUCCAUCAGAUAGCUGUCUUUCAAGGCAGCCAACAUACAUUACUGUUGUUCAUUGCCUCUUGUAUAUGCUGAACAUUAAUGCUGACCUUUUCUGGAAAGUGACCCUUUCCUGAAUGUGUACCACAUCCCUAUCUGGGGUUGCAGCUUAUGUGUGGAAGGGUUUCCAGCUAGUUGGGAGAGCCAAAUGAUCAGAAGUUAGGCAAUCAGUGGCAGUGGAAUCUUCAUCAAUUCUGGAGUCCUUCUGCACAAACCAUCAGGAAGCAGUGUAGGAAAAAAUCCCCCCACAUGUGAACCUUUAGAUUGUACAACAAACCAGUACACUGUGUAAUAUGCACAGUGAGUGAUGCAAAAAUGAUGUCCCUGACACCACCACUCUCAGGACUUCCUGGGCAGAUGCAGCUGUGAUGGUGCUAAGUGACUGGAAGGUUAGCAAGAGUCGGGCUGUUCACAGCCUGUCUUUCACUCCAGCCCAAGGGUUUCUGCUGAGCUCGUGAGACUUCCCCAAAGGUGUUGACAGGCUCGCCAUUCAAAGUGCAUUUGGUACUGGGUCUCUCAGCCCAGUUCCUAAUUGGGACUAAUUAGGUAAAGAGUGCAUCUUUGGGGUGAAAUUUUCCAGGGUCACACUUGGUUUUUACCAGCUAAGAGUGGUGGUUCUCUUUUUGUCAGCGCUAAAGCGCCUUCUCAGGGUUGUGCACGUCAUCUCUUCCACAUUCCUGUCUGCUCUCAGUCCAGGAUUAUCCUUUAACCGCCAUUUACUUGUCAACUCACACAUGGCUCUAACUACACCACAGCUUAGUAGCUAUGGGCAAGCGGUCACUUUUGUUCACUCUGUCCAUACUUAUGCUGGCAUGUUUCUUUUAAAAUACAACAGCUGCGGGGGCUGGAGAGAUGGCUCAGAGGUUAAGAGCAUUGCCUACUCUUCCAAAGGUCCUGAGUUCAAUUCCCAGCAACCACAUGGUGGCU